AUGGCGUGUUCCGCUCAAUCCAUGACCAUUGAGUCAUACCCCGACGAGGCCCUCUCCACCUCUUAUGCGCCCACCCCAAGCGAGGAGACGGCCCUCGUCCGGGAUCGACGACGCAGACACUCUUUCCACACGGCACGGAAGCUGUCUUGUGACUAUGAUGCCGAUGCUGUGUUUUUAAGGGUGGAACUCUUCCUCGCCGAGAUGGAGAGACGCAUGCACUGGAUCGAAGAAUAUCGCCAGGCCCACAUGGUCCAAAUCGAUUCCAGUCUGCGCAGAGGAUAUGCCACGCUGGAGGCAGUGAGAGAUUCAUGUUCCUUCGCUUCGGGGGAACUCAUGGGAGGUGGCAAGAAGCGGGCCAAGAUUUUGGUGGAGACGCUUGAGGAUCGCUACAAGGAUGCUCUGGCGACCAAGGAGACUCUGGAACAGAAGGCCCAGGUGGGUAUUCGCUUGAUGGAGUCGUUUCUCACCGAGCUGGAGUCCCGGGCCCAUGCGGUUCGGGACCGAGGUAUUUACGGUACCCUGGAUGAUGGUUGGAAGGCGGUCGACUCCAAGCUGGUCCAGGCUCGGGAAGCCGUCGAUGAGGGUAUGGAACGGGCCAAGGAGGCUCUGCGAGAGAGUAUCGACCGUGCUAUUGUGUUAGCACAGGAGAAACGGCUGAUCACCUACGCCGACUUACCCCAUCCGUGGCGGAUCAAUCCCCACAUCCUCCAGGGCUAUCGCUUUACCCAUUCCAAGGUUGAAUGUUUCACCUCCAUGUUCACCUUCUCCAACGAGUUGGUCAACAUCUGGUCCCAUCUGAUCGGUCUUUUCAUCGUUCUGUCGGUGGCCUUUUACUUCUAUCCGCUGAACCCCAACUUCCACCUAAGCACCAAAACUGAUGUGUUCGUUGCGGCGGUCUUCUUCUUUGCUGCGUGCAAGUGCCUAGUCUGCAGCACCCUUUGGCAUACCAUGAACAGCAUUGCAAACCAGGGACUGAUGGAGCGGUUCGCCUGCGUCGAUUACACCGGUAUCUCCAUGCUUGUGGCCGCCUCGAUUGUCACAACAGAAUACACUGCGUUCUAUUGCGAGCCGGUAUCACGAUGGACGUACAUUCUCGCCACCAUGUCCCUGGGUAUUGGCGGUGUGGUCCUCCCCUGGCACCCGACAUUCAACCGCGCCGACUUCGCUUGGGUUCGAGUGGCCUUUUACGUUACCCUCGCGCUCACUGGAUUUGCCCCGCUGGCCCAGCUCACUUACACUCGCGGUUUCGAGUGGUGUCUUUAUUUCUACGCGCCUGUUGUGAAGAGCAUUCUUGUUUAUUUCGCUGGGGCCUGCAUUUAUGCGUCUCAGGUUCCAGAACGCUGGCGUCCGGGACUUUUCGACUAUGUCGGUGGCAGUCACAACAUCUGGCAUUUUGCUGUGCUGGGUGGCAUUCUGUUCCACUACUGCGCUAUGCAGGACUUGUUCGCAGUAGCGUUCCAGCGGGCUCAGGGCGAAUGUCCCAAUCUGUCUGCGUAA